AUGACGGUGGACAACACUAGUGGCUGGACCGUCGACCAAUGGCGGCUGGCGCUGACUCUCGACCUGCUUAUUGCCCUUGUCCAGCUGCAAAAGACCUAUGAAGAAGACCCUGCCUGGAUCGCAUUGUCUUCGGUGGAUCAAAUCAAGGACCAGUGGGACUUGCUCCAUACUCGCCCCAAUGCCACGCUGUUGCCUCUCUACGGGGUCCCCGUGGCCAUCAAGGAUAACAUUGACGUUCUUGGCUUACCCACCACUGCUGCCUGCUCGCUGUUUGCCUAUACGCCUGUCCAGGACUCCACCGUGGUGUCUCUUUUAAGACAUGCUGGUGCCAUCAUCAUCGGUAAGACCAACUUGGACCAGUUUGCCACCGGUUUAGUCGGCACCCGUCUGCCCUACGGUGUCGUUCCUAACACUUUCGACCCGCAAUACGUGCUGGGCGGGUCGCUGCUGGGGCUGGCGCUGGUGGUAUCUCGCGGGAUUGUCCCUUUGGCCUUGGGCACUGAUACUGCCGGUCUGGGGCGGGUUCCCGCCAUGCUCAACAAUCUCGUUGGCCUUAAACCCACUAAGGGGGUGUUCUCGUGCUCUGGUGUCGUCCCCGCCUGCAAAUCGCUCGACUGUGUGUCAAUCUUUGCCCUUCUGGUGGGCGAUGCUCAAACCUGUUUCGACGUCUUAGCGGCGGCUGAUGACCACGACCCGUACCUGAGACCGAUGCCCGAAGCUCCUCCUCGUCUGUUUGGCCCUAACCCCAAGAUCGCUGUCCCUAAGCAAAUGCAAUGGCACGGCAAGGUGGAAAACGAGAAAGCGUUCGCCGCUGCCGUCAAGAAGUUCGAGAAAGUGGGCGACGUUGUUGAAAUCGACAUCACCCCGAUGUUGGAGCUCGCUAAACUUCUUUACGAAGGCCCCUGGGUGGCUGAGCGCUACGCCGCCAUCAAGGACUUUUUGAAUAGCAACCCUGACCCCAAGACGUUGGACCCCACCGUGUACGAAAUCAUCCUGGGCGGAGCGACGCCGCUGGCGGCGACGGCGUUCGAGUAUGAGUACCGGCGCCAGGCCCUUCUCAAGCAGAUUGCCGACGUGAUGAAGGGUAUCGACUGUGUCGUGGUCCCCACGGCUCCAUUGCAACCAAAGAUCGCCGAAGUUGCCAGUGACCCCAUUGGUGUCAACUCUAUUCAAGGUACUUACACCAACUUCGUCAACCUUGCCGAUAUGGCCGGGCUUGCCAUCCCCACCGGUUUCAUCAACGAGGUCCCGUUUGGCGUCACCCUCUUGGGUCGUGCCUUCACUGACUAUGCUCUUCUUGAAUUGGCUCUGAAAGUGUUGCCUGCCGUGGCUCGAGCUGGCGUCUGUGGCGCUGAAGUCACCAACAAGUUGCCUUCCGAAGUUGAUCUUGGUCCCGGCUACAUGGACGUGGCCGUCGUCGGUGCUCACUUGAAGGGGUUCCCGUUACACUGGCAGCUUGAAAAAGUGGAGGCAGUGUUUAAAGAGGCCACCACUACCACUGCUGAGUACCGUCUUUACGCGUUACCUGGAGGUCUUAAGCCAGGUCUCCGCAAAGUCACUGGUACCGACGAAACCGGCGUCAAGAUUGCCUUGGAAGUGUAUGCCAUCCCCGUGUCCAAAUUUGGUGAGUUUAUGGCGAUGAUCCCGUCUCCCUUGGGCAUCGGCCUGGUAACUCUCGCUCUGGGGCGCCAAGUGAAACUGUUUAUCUGUGAAGAAGUCGGCUACUCUGCCCCUGAAGCAAUUGACAUCUCGCUGUUUGGCGGCUGGAAGAACUACAAGCGGCAAACUCCCCCCUUUGGCAAGGUGUUGGUGGCUAAUCGUGGUGAAAUCGCCGUCCGUCUCAUCCGUACCUUGAAGAAGAUGGGCAUCAAACUGGUGGCAGUGUACUCUGACGUCGACAAGUUCUCGCAACACGUGCUCGAUGCCGACGAAGCCGUGGCCUUGGACGGUGUUCUGGCCGCCGAUACUUAUAUCAACAUCGAUAAGAUCGUCGCUGCCGCUAAACUGACUGGGGCCGAAGCCGUUCUUCCUGGUUAUGGGUUCCUUUCCGAAAACGCCGAUUUCUCCAACCGGUGCUCCGCCGAAGGCAUUGUGUUUGUUGGUCCUCUGGGCGACGCCAUCACCAAAUUGGGGCUUAAGCACUCGGCAAGAGAAAUCGCGAAACAGGCUGGCGUGCCGCUUGUCCCCGGGUCUGACCUCAUUGACUCCAUCGAUGAAGCCCUCAAAGUGGCGGCCGACAUUGGCUACCCCGUGAUGGUGAAGCUGACUGCUGGUGGCGGUGGUAUUGGUCUUCAAAAAGUCGACGACGCCGAACUGAUGGAACGGGUGUUUGCCACUGUCCAGCACCAAGCCGCUCAAUACUUUGGUAAUGCUGGCGUGUUCAUCGAACGUUUCAUCGGUGAACUGAGACACGUCGAGAUCCAGUUGUUUGGUGACGGUAAAGGUGGUGCUUUGGCCAUCGGUGACCGUGACUGCCUGCUCCAACGGCGCAACCAGAAAGUUGUUGAAGAAACCCCUGCUCCCAAUAUUCCUGAAGCCACCAGAGCCAAGAUGAAGGCCGCUUCGGAGUCGCUUGGGUCGCUUUUGAAGUACAUGGGGGCUGCCACCGUCGAAUUCAUCUACGACGAAAAGGCCGACGAAUUCUACUUCUUGGAAGUCAACGCCCGUCUCCAAGUGGAACACCCCGUUACGGAAAUGGUCACCGGGCUCGACUUGGUCGAAUGGAUGCUUUUACUCGCUGCUGGUACUCCUCCUCGCCAAUUCAUUGAGAGGGACCCUCCCACCCCUGUGGGCCACUCCAUCGAAGCCAGAGUGUACGCUGAAAACCCCGUCAAAGACUUUAUGCCUCUGCCUGGUCAAUUGACUGAAGUGAGCUUCCCCUCGUGGUGUCGUGUCGAUACCUGGGUGAGCAAGGGUACCGUGGUUUCUGGUGAGUACGACCCCACUUUAGCCAAGAUCAUCGUCCACGGCAAGAACAGAGCUGACGCGUUGACCAAGUUGCACCAAGCCCUCGACGAAACCGUAAUUUGGGGGUGCACUACCAACAUCGACUAUCUCAAGGCCAUCGUCACCCUGGACAUGGUCGCUGCCGCUAAGAUGCACACCAAGCUGUUGGACUCGUUCGUGUACCACCCUAGAGCGUUUGAAGUGGUGAUUCCUGGCUCCUACACCACUGUUCAGGACUACCCGGGUCGCCAAGGUUACUGGAACAUCGGUGUCCCUCCCCUGGGGUGUAUGGACAACUAUGCCUUCCGCCUUGCCAAUCGUCUCUUGGACAACGCUGAGGACUGUCCUGGUCUUGAAAUCACGUUGAACGGGCCCAAACUUCUCUUCCACUCGGCCACCUCAAUUGCCGUCUGUGGUGGCGACGUCGAGGUGUUGGUUAAUGGCACUGCUAAGCCGCAAUGGGAAGUGAUCCACCUCGAAGCUGGUGACGUGUUGACCUUGGGUAAGCUUAACGGCGGUUGUCGUACCUAUUUGGCUGUGGCUGGUGGUAUUGAAGUGCCCACUUACCUUGGCUCCAAGUCCACCUUUGCCCUAGGUAACUUAGGUGGGUACAACGGGCGCACUCUCCGCUUUGGUGACGUCCUCUGGUACUCGCUGACUCGCUCCGCUGCUGCUAGUAGCGUGCCCCCGCUGCUCCUCCCUAACUACCAGCCGGAAGUGUGGGAAGUGGGUGUCACUUGCGGCCCCCACGGCCUGCCUGACUUCUUCAAGCCCGAGCUGAUUGACCAGUUCUUUGCCGACACCUGGAAGGUCCACUACAACUCCAACCGGUUUGGCGUUCGUCUCAUUGGUCCUAAGCCGCAAUGGGCUCGUGCUGACGGCGGCGAUGCCGGUCUCCACCCGUCCAACGCUCAUGACUACGUGUACCUGAUGGGGGCCAUCAAUUUCACUGGUGACGAACCAGUCAUCUUAACGGUGGAUGGUCCCUCUUUGGGCGGGUUUGUGUGUGCUGCCGUGGUGUGCCAGGCGGAAAUGUGGAAGAUUGGCCAAGCCAAACCCGGUGACCGGAUCCGCUUUGUCCCCGUGACCGUUGACCGGGCUGUUGAACUCUUGGACGAACAAGACGCUGCUGUGGCCCACUUGACUGGUUCGGUGCCCGAAAUCAAGGCUAACGUCACUACUUACGACCCCGUGCUCUACCGCGACCCCUUGGUGUGCUACCGCCAGGCUGGUGACCGCUACAUCCUCGUCGAGUUUGGCGAGCCCGUGAUGGACUUGACGGUGCUGUACCUCAUCCACCGCCUCAUUGAGAUGGCCGACGAUGCUGUGGGCAUUGUGGAAAUGUCUCGCGGGGUGAGAUCGGUGUUGGUUGAAUACAACCCACGUACCAUCACUCAGGCUCAGUGCUUGCGGACGUUGGAGCUCUACCGCAAGGCGAUUGGCGAUGCUGGCAUUGACUGGAAGGUGGAACUGCGUAUUCUCCGGUUGCCGAUGGCGUUCGAAGACAAGUUGACGUUGGAAGCCGUGCAACGGUACCAGGAAACCAUCCGCCUGCUGGCGCCGUGGUUGCCCAACAACGUCGACUUCUUGGCGCUGGUCAACGACACCACCCGCGACCACAUCCACGACUUGAUGUACCUGGCCCAGUUCAUGGUGUUGGGGCUUGGUGACGUGUUUUUGGGUGCUCCCUGUGCUGUUCCCUUGGACCCUCGCCAACGGUUGUUGGGGACCAAGUACAACCCACUGAGAACUUAUACUCCCAACGGUACUGUGGGUAUUGGCGGUAACUACAUGUGUAUCUACACCAUGGAGCUGCCUGGUGGUUAUCAGUUGGUGGGGCGCACCGUGCCCAUCUGGGAUAAGCUCCAGUUGAGUGCCCACUCCACCGACCCUUGGUUGUUGCGUCCGUUUGACAUUGUUGAGUUCUACCCGGUGACCGAAGCCGAAGUCGACGCUUUCACCGCUGAAAUGAACGCGGGUAAGUUUACUGUGGACAUCACCAACACUGUGUUUGACCACGGAAGCUACACUCGCUGGCUCGAAGCCAACGCCGAACUGAUUGAAGACUACCGCAGCAAGCAAGGCGGCGAGCGCUUGGCCGAAUUCAACCGGUUGAUCCAAGUGUCGAACGCCGAGUUGGCUACUCUUGAAGCUCCCAAGGACCCGUUGGAGAUCCCUGAAGGCUGUGAAGGGUUAUACUCUGAGUUCUCCGGUCGGUUCUGGAAGGCUACUGCUGCCGAAGGCGAUACCGUCACUAAGGGGCAAAGCUUAGUGGUGGUGGAAGCGAUGAAGACAGAGAUGGUGGUGGUGGCUCCGCGUGAGUGUAAGGUGAUGAAGAUUGUCCACCGCAACGGGGACAUGGUGGAAGCCGGCGACUUAGUUGCGAUUAUCGAGUAA